CUGGGCGGGAGCGUCGUUGAGACGCCUGCACCUUACCCACACACCGUGCUACACACAGCACAGUAGUUUCCACAUCCUUCCGGACCAUCACAGACAAGACAGCUCCAAUCGCCAUAAGCGUGAAGAAGGGCUCAGACAGAGACAAUUCAAAGUCAGCCCUGUGAUCCCAACUCCAGCGCGGUUGGUUUCACUGUCAGCAAAUGUGCCGCCAGUUGACACAUUCAUGCCCCGGGUGAAUUUCUGCGCGAUUUCCAGGAACUGAUCGCACUUCCAGUGGAGGGAAACCAAUCGAUUAAUCUUCACGAUGGCCGUAGCAAAUGGCCACGAUCGGAACUCGGCGGCGAUCGGUGGAAACGAGCUGAAGAUUGUGAUAGUUGGGGAUGGAGGCUGUGGGAAAACGUCCUUGCUCAUGGUGUUCGCCAAGGGGGACUUCCCAGAACAAUAUGCCCCGUCAGUGUUCGAGAAGUAUAUGACCGAUAUCACAAUUAAAAACAAGAAAGUCACCUUGACUCUAUAUGACACGGCAGGUCAAGAGGACUAUGACAGACUGCGCCCACUCUCCUACCAAGAAACACACGUUAUCUUAAUCUGUUACGAUGUCACAAACCCCACAAGUUUUGAGAACGUCCGUAUCAAGUGGGUUCCUGAAGUCAAUCACUUCUGCCAGGAAGUCCCCAUCCUCCUCAUUGGUUGCAAAACAGACCUUCGAAUGGAUAAAGAGCGCUUGAGGAGACUGAGAGCCGCCCAACAGGAGCCAAUCACUUACAACCAGGGAGAAGAAACUGCUCGCCAGAUUAAUGCUACAAUGUACUUGGAGUGCUCUGCUAAAUUCCGGGAGAAUAUAGAGGACAUCUUUAAAGAAGCUUCCACUGCAGCUUUAAGUGCCUUGAAGAAGAAAAAGAGCAAAAGGAAGAGAAAACAGAAGCAGUGUGUGCUUCUUUGACAGUCCGAGCCUGUAAUCUCAUUGAUCAGGACUAGGUACCGUGUAGUAUGUUGUAAAUUUGUCAACGCUGUCAAUAACUCUGCAUAUUUUCUACAACUUUUUCAAUGAACUCAGUUACUGACAGGAGUUUAUUUUUCCACAUACUUAGACAAAAAGUUGGAGGUACUUUUGCCAAGACACCCAAAUAUAAAUCGUAAGCAAGCCAGGAACAGAUGUUCCAAUAAAAGUCAAAUUAUCCCAGUAAAUAAAAAGGAAAAAAGAGCUGUGUGCUGAAAUACCUAAAACACAAGGAAUAUGAAGUCACUUGGCAUCCAGAGAGAGAGCGAGAGAGCGAGAGAG